GUAACCAAAAUCCGGAAUUCUAAGGAACGUACUGAACUAUUUCACUCCAGCCUUGAAAAUUAUGUAUUAAAUCAUGGAAACAGUAUUACAUAAUGAAUCAUAGGCAGAAUGACACAUCCAAUAACGCAAAGUGCGAGAAACUUUAUUAAAUGCAAUGCUGUCAGCAGCAGUUCUUUCUGUCUAUAAAAUUUACGUAAUCCUAUCCUAAACGUUCUUUCUUGACAAUAGAUCCUCUGAAACGGUUAGCUAAUACCAAAUCCAUAAGUGUACUAAAGUACGGUCUUAUUUCCCGAAUCGGGUAUAUUUUAAUCGCAGAUUGAGAACCUUUUGUUUGUAAUACGUAUAUCGACUAACGUUCACUGAGACGUAACUGGCAUCUUCACUCGUGGGAUACUUUGAGCUUUACAAGGUUAGGUUAGACGGUCUGCUACAUGGUCACCACAUAACAUAACGUGUUUGGGUGUGGUUAAUACCGUGGGAUCUUUACUAGAUCAGGUGGAUUUGAAUUGUUUGUCAUACGCGCUAUUCCACCAUUUAACUCUCACCGUACACCAAACGCGUUUUCGAAAUGAAGAAACGAGGCUUUUCUGGCAACUGUGGCGUCGGUGUUUUUAUCAUUGCUUUCGUGUGUGUAUGCGUUGCGUUUGGUACACCAUCAUGGUUAGUGAGUGAUCGUCGUAUCACUAAUGCAAAGUUCCAGAAAUUAGGACUAUGGACGCAUUGCUUUAAAUCUCUACCAAAUCCUAAUGAGAUGGAUGCACCCAGACGUUAUUUCGUCGGCUGUAGAUGGGUGUAUGAUCCUUUCACAGCAGGUUAUUCUGAAAUUCGUGGUUUUCUGUUGCCGCCAUUCAUGAUAGCAACACAAUUUUUUUAUACCUUGUGUUUCCUGCUCAGUCUCAUAUCAUUUAUAUUGAUAUUAUUCUUCACUUUAUGCAGUGAUUCAGAACAAAAACGAUAUGUACAACUUAUAACAACAAUUGGAGUUCUAUUGCUUGUUGGUGGUAUAAGUGGUGGAAUAGCAGUAUUGAUAUUUGCUUCGUUUGGAAAUGCUAAAGAUUGGAUGCCUGGACAUGACAAUAACUUCUUUGGUUGGUCAUUUAUAAUAGCAGAUGUGGGCACUACAUUGACUGUUAUAGCAGGUGUACUGUUUCUUAUUGAAGCAUAUGUUCAACGUAAAAAGCGACAAUAUUUGAAAGAAUCACAAACAAAAAUCCAACUUGAGUCUCAUACGUGAAAAAAAUAGUACUACUAUAUAAGACUUGCACAAUACCAUAGUACCAAAAUUCUGUAAUACUAUUCCGUCCAUAUAUUAGGUUGUUUUUAAUAGUAGUAAAUAGUAAGGUAAGAUUUUUAUUUUUUAGUACAAAGCGAAUUGUGUAACAAGAUUUGUAUUUUUGUACAUUUUUAUACAUAAAGGACAUGAUGAUGGUACAGAGAUAUUUCUGUAUGGUCAUUUUAGUAUAUUACUUCUGUUGUGCAUUUUUGCAUGUUUAGAAAUUAAUAACAAAUUUUGCAUAAAGCAAACGUUAAGACUUUGAUAAAUUUAAUAAGAGUUUUAACAAUCUGGGAAAGAAUAAUCUCUGUUGUAUGCAACAAAGUUAUCUAUUUUAGAUUGCACGUAUAAGAAACUGUUGAAUAUUAUACAAUUUUAACAGUGUACACAUCCACUGCCAGUGGUUACUUUAUAUAUAACAAAUUUGUAAAGACUUGUAACUUAGAUAUAUUAGUAAAUUAUCCAUGUUUGUCUUCUUUAAAAUCGUUAUUUCCAAUCAAGCACAUUAUGUACAUUUUUAUAA